AUGCCUGAGAUAGCGGAAAGGGUUCCAGAAAAUGGUUCAGAUUGUGAUGUAGAUAGAAAUGAAAAUAGUAUGGAUAGUACAGUGGGUUCAGAUUCGGAGAAAUUAAAAAAGAAGAGAAAGCGCGGAAUAAUUUAUCUCUCUACAAUCCCUCCUUACAUGAAUGUUGCUAAAAUAAGAGAAAUUUUUAGUGAGUUUGGUGAAAUAGGAAGGAUUUACUUACAAUCAAGUGCAAAACCUGGAGAAAAACGAAAACGCGUACCUAAUCAGUUUACGGAGGGCUGGGUGGAAUUUAAGAAGAAAAAAAUUGCCAAAAGCGUUGCCGCUAGUUUAAAUAAUACGCAAAUAGGAACUAGGAAGAAAUCACGGUAUUAUGAUAUGAUAUGGAACAUCAAGUAUAUUCCUAGAUUCAAGUGGGUUCAUUUAAGUGAAAGGCUAGCUUAUGAGAAGGCAGCUAUGAAACAGAGACUCAGGGCUGAAAUAUCUCAAGCGAAGAGGGAAGCUCACUAUCUGCAAAGCAAUGUAGAAAAGAGUAAAAAGAUUAAAAACAAGAAAGCUGUUGCUAAUAAUUCUUAA